AUGAAUAUUGAUUGUUAUUCUAUAACUGAAGAGGAUUUUAUUAAUGAAAUGGAACCAAAUAAUAAUGAUACUUUUGAUGAAUAUUUCCUUGACUCAAACUUAUGUGUUUCAACUAUGAUUAAAAAGUACGAUGUUCCAAUGUUAGAUAAUAAUGAAUAUAUGAAAAAAACAGAGAAAAAAAAUUUACAAUGUACUGUUUGUGGAGCUAGAGCAUUCGGAUACAAUUUUGAUCGAAUUACAUGCGAAAGUUGUAAAGCCUUUUUUCGACGAAAUGCUCUGAAAAAUAUAAUGGAAUUAAAAUGUCGAUUUGAUGGAAAUUGUGACAUAACAAUAGAAAAUCGACGAUUUUGCACAUAUUGUCGUAUCAAAAAAUGUUUUGCUAUUGGUAUGAGAAAGGAAUGGAUCCGUAGUGAACAAGAAAAAAAUAAAAAUCGAACAAUUAAACAAACAAAACGACGACUACAGAUAUCAAUAUUGAGACAACCAGAAUAUUUUAAUUCAUUAACAAUAUUAUGUUCAACAGAUCGAAUAAGUCUAAAUAAUAUAACUCAUUGUUAUGAUCAAUAUACCAGUGAACCAAGUAUAGUCGACUAUUGUGCGCCACAAGAAGUUCUUUCAUUACGUUUACAUGACUUUUAUAAUCGUAAAAAACCAAUUAUAAUUAAUUUAAUAAGUUAUUUUAAACAUUUACCUGAUUUUCAACAAUUAAAUAUUGAUGAUCAAGCAACAUUAAUAAAACGAAAUAUUCGUAUUUUAUUACCAAUUAAUUAUGCUUUAUUAAAAACACCUAGUCAUUCACAAAUUCGUUAUACAUAUAUUCAAACAAUUGGUUGUAUUAAUAAUAUAAAUUUACAUUCAAUGUAUCAAAUUUUAUCAAAUACUUUUGUUCCAUUUGUUACAUUUAAUCCACUUAUAAUUAAAUUAUUAUUAAUUAUAUUAUUUUUUACAACAAAUUUACUAUCAACAAAUAGUGAUACAGUUGAAUAUAAACAAUCGAAAUAUAUUAGAAGAAUACAAUCCAGUUAUAUUGAAUUAUUAUGGUUAUAUAUGAUAAAAAAAUAUGGUCAAGAAAGAGCAGUAAAUUUAUUUACACAAUUUAUAACAAGAUUUAUAUAUUUACAAACAAAAAUUGCUCAGAUUGAUUCAAUUAUUCGUUUAAAUAAUGAUAUGCAAUAUAUAGAUUCACUUAUGAAAGUUAUUUUACAAUUGUCAUGA